GGCAGACUCCAACCUCAAAGUUGCGAUCUCGACGAGAAGAAAAACCCUGGCCACUUUCGGACAUUUUCUGUCCCUGCCAAAACGAACUGAACCGCCAUCAACCCAAAUGCUCUACAAUCGCCUCCUGCGCCACCUUUACGAGAAACAAUCGCUGAAGACUUUUGCUGCCUGACGCCUACCCUCAGCUAGCACCAAUAAGCAGCUCGACUAUCUCAGCGCAAACUAGGAGAUAUGGCCGAAAAACUUGAUGAGGACCAGGUUUCCGGUCUCAUCGCCAUACUCCGCAAGGACGUCUCGGUCGACGCCAAAGUUCAGCAAGUAAAUGCGGUCAAGUCCAGCAUCAAGCAGCACAAUGUGCCUGAUAACUGCGUCGUACCGGUAUUCGAGGCCUUGCGCAUCGCAUCUACCGCCCAGCAUGCCGUCCUGGUCAACGCCGGCUUCACUGGCCUCAACCACCUUAUAACACGAAUGUCGCGACAAGAUCCGAAGUACCUUAGCAAAGAGGCUGUCCGUCUACUGCCGCUGCUCACAGAGAAGCUUGGAGACCAGAAGGAAAAGUUCAGGACAGUUGCUACGCAGUCACUCAUCACCAUGUACAAAGCCACACCCGCAGAAGUCGAGCGAGUGAUCCGCAACGUAGCCAUGGUGGGUAAGAACCCCAGAGCUAAGGAAGCAAGUCUACACUGGCUUCUUCAGAUGCACCAAGAACAUGGGCUCCAGUUUCGCGCCUAUGUGCCUACCCUUAUGGAUUUACUUGAAGACGCCGACGCUGCUGUUCGAGACGCAGCAAAAACCACCGUUAUAGAGCUGUUUCGAAAUGCGCCAAACGCCGCCAAAUCAGAUUUGAAAAAGCAGCUUAAGAAUUUCAAGGUGCGCCCUGCGAUCGAGCAGGCCAUCGUCAAAGAACUCGUUCCCGCAUCGCUCUCGGCGGCACCCUCGGAUUCCGACGCUCGACCAGCUUCCCGAGCCGAAUCCACGCGAUCAACACGCGCAAAUCUUUCGGCAAGCACGACAUCGGCUGGCAUCGAACGUCCGGUUACCCCUGGUCUUCUCGACAGCAAACCGGAAACCGUCGAUCCCACCUAUGUCAAUACCCAAAGAGAACUAGAUGAUAUCGUCAAGGAGAUGCACCUCUAUUUCGAGGGCAAGGAGACGGAGCAGAAUUGGCUGCAGCGUGAAGAAAGCAUUAAGAAGCUCAGGCGACUGUUGGCGGGUAACGCCGUCUCAGACUUCCAUGACGCGUUCCUCGGCGGUGUGCGCGGACUUUUGGACGGCAUAAUCAAAGCCGUCACUUCACUGAGAACUAGUCUUUCUAAGGAGGGCUGCAGUCUUGUCCAAGAGCUGGCUCUUGCGUACGGUCCGGGCAUAGACCCUAUGGUGGAGAUUCUUAUGCAGACUUUCAUCAAGCUUUGCGCUGCGACCAAAAAGAUCAGCUCUCAGUUGGCCAAUGUCACCGUGGACACCAUCAUCGCAAAGGUCACUUACAACCACCGGAUUAUGCAACACGUGUGGUUUGCUUGCCAGGAUAAGAACGUGCAACCACGAACUUAUGCCACCGGAUGGUUGAAAACACUGCUCAACAAAGAGGCUCAGCAGAAGUCACACAUCGAACACCACGGAGGGCUAGAUUUAGUUGAAAAAUGCAUCAAGAAGGGGCUCGCCGACUCCAAUCCAUUGGUGAGGGAGAAAAUGAGGGUCACUUACUGGACUUUCAACGAAAUAUGGCCCGCAAGAGCGGAAGCGAUUAUGGAAGAUCUGGAUGCCACGGCUAAGAAGCUCCUGCAAAAGAGCUCCGGAAACACGAGCUCGCCCAAGCCGGCCGCUGGUGGUGCCCGGCCUGGCAUGGGUCUUUCUAGGAGUACCAUGACCGCUUCCAAACCUUCUUUAAGAGACGCCAUGUUGGCACAAAAACGGGCUUUAGCUUCAAAGAAUCUCCCAGCAAGGCCUGGAUCCGCCAUGGCACAUUUUUCACCUGUGGGGACUGCAUCUUCAGCCUCAUCUGCAGCGGUUACUUCCACUACUACCGCCAAACCCCCUGUCCGCCAAAAGCAGCUGCAGGAGGCCCCCACUUCCACUGGAUCAAAUAGCCUUUCGGUCGCUCCAAUGCGACCCGGUAGAAAGAGACCAGAGCUGGCAGCAAGACCUGCUACAGCUGGCCCCUACUCUGUGAGGACACAUGAUACAGUAUCAUUGGAGCAGAACAGCCCACCAGAGAAAACAAGGUCGAAUGUAGUCACGCCCAAGUCUUUUGCAGCGUCUCCUAAGAGGACCGCCCCGAGAACACGACCUGGUCAUGUGUCUUCGGCCAGUGAACCACAUGUGCCUUCGCCGUCGAGGCCAAAGUCUGCUGCCAGUAAGGCGGCUGCUCCUUCGCCUCGCGCGAGUCCGGCAAAACCAAAGCCUACUGCAAUCGCUCGCACUCUUCGUGAGAGCAGCCCGUCCAAGCCAGUUGAUGCGCCCAGUCCGGCUAGAACCAUGGCCUCACCGAUGCCUGGGUCUCCCGUGUCCGCGCCUCCUCCAGUUCUGACCGAACCUACCCAGGAGCCAGAAACGGAACAGCAAGAGACUAGGCCAGAAUCAAGGACGAGCACGUCUCCUCAUACACCGCCACGGCCGGUCAAGGUUUAUGAAGAUCCAUUCACGGCGGACGAACCUUCGACUAAGCCGAAUUUAACAAGACCUGUUCUCGAGGAUAUCCCGAUUAAUGAGGACGCCGCAAACCUUGUUCGACCUGUCGAAACCGACCCUGUUGUCGCCAGCACCGACGGUGGCCCGCCAGACAAAGCCAAACAGUAUGCACGCCUCCUUGACAGCGGGAUCUCCAAAAUAAGAUCCCACAGCCUCGACGUACAUGGCUUCCGCAAGCUUCAGACGGUUUUGCGUGACAACAAGUUUUCUUUCACAGACGACAAGUUUGAAGCUUUACUCCUGGGGUUGUUUGGUUUUCUACAGUCUCCACUUAGCGAUAUCCCCAUCGAGAAGGUACCGGAUGUUAAGGCACAGAUUCUUGCUACUAUCAAGCUCCUUCUCAAGAGGGCCCGCGACAACUUUCAACCACACGUAUCUCACGCCCUCGAAUCGCUCCUCGAGGCAAGAGGGGUAUACGAAGCUCGUACACAUAUAGUCUCAGGCAUGGAGCUACUGGCAGACGAACUGGUGACUAUAGGUGACCCUUCGGAAAUGGUCGUAGUUCUGACACAGGCCCUGCAGGGUGUCGAGAUGGACGCAAGGGGUUGUCGGUCGCUCAACAUGGGCUUGCACGUUCUGAGGGAAGUUGUCGAUGCGCGUCCGGAUUUUCAUCCGACCGAAUCUGAACUUGCCGCCCUGAGCGGGUUGGCCGCGCGCUGCCUUGAAAGCCAUGAGUCUGGCGUGCGGAUGGAUGCAGUCCAAUUGUGUGUUGCCCUGCAUGCCCGUGUGGGCGAUACACGCUUCUGGGACAACAUCAAGGGUGUCAAGGAGGACCCUAAGAGCCUCAUUACCUACUACAUCGUGAAAAGGCAGCGCGAACAUGAUGCCGCAGCCAGUAAUGGAUUGUCAGCAGCUGCCACUGCGACUGUCAUUUGAUUUGCAUGGGGCGACACACAUACCCAGAACUCGCCUUUUUCUUUCGACACUUUAUGGCGGCGCCAUAUACUAUUUUAAUUUCUCUCGUCUUUCCUAGCUCGUCUUUUUCUUUCUUUUUUUUUGUGCACCUGGUACGGAGUACAAUACAACGUCGGCUGGUAAAAUAUGCCAGGCGAUACCGGACUGGGGGUAAAAUUAGGACUGCAAAGUGUUUGUUUGGCGUUUCGAAUUUCAUUUUGGGUGGUGAACUGGCUGUAUGGGCGGGCAUCAAGACGACUUCCCGCCAACUUGACUCCUUUAACUUGAAAUCUUGUUCCAUUAUCAAGUACAUGUCAAAGUAGGCUUGCUGGGUAUACAUUGUAACUACAAAAUAGGGCGAUUGUAAGCUUGGUACUUAAAAUAUAGGAAGACUUCACUAAGGCAUGAAUAAGCUAUACGUUUUCGUUACCGACGUUGC